AAGGUUUUGGAAAACCUUGACAUGCAAAGUGCCAGAAUGAGUGCUGUUUUUCUGCUUGAGAACACAGCUGCACUAAAAGUUUUAUAAAACGCUGUUGCCAUGCAAGUCUGUGUGAAUCUUUGUCUGGAUCCUCUGCAGCUGAGAUGUGUUAAAACCAUUAGUUUUUUUUUUUCUUUUGGAAAGAGGAGAAUGGAGAGGCAAUGAGGUUAGACCGAUAGGUAUUUCAGUAAUCUACUGAGAUAAGGUGUCAAGGUCUCACCUAUUGGGCCAGGUGAACAGUACAUUUUAUUACAUACACAUACUGUACAGUUGUACCGUAACUUAUAUUGCAGCCACAGAACCCAUUUAUUCCACCAGGUUUAAUCUGAACGCCACCAUUAAAGUAUCAUCUUCUCUCUAUCGCUCAUAAUCUUCUCUUCUGUACUCAGCCACCCAAUCAGCAAGGUGAUUAAAGAAAAUCAGCCUCAAAAGGAUUUACUUUUUGUGAAACGCACAAUGACGCUAAAAUGGGAUGACUCAAGCUACAAACUGUGUAAAUUUGAUUGCCAAAUCACAAUGGGCUGCUCGAUUAUGCUUGCUUUAUGCUUGCUGAAAAUGAAUGACUUGGGGCAUCGUAAAAUGUAAUCUGCUCUAUUUCUGUGUGUGUGAUAACUUCACAGUUUCACUUGGUAAGUUAGUAAAAUGCUUUUAGGUUCAAAUGCAGCAUGUUACUAAUCUAUUCCUUUGUACUUAUCUUGUACUCAGGUGUUCUCACAAUCAAGAUGGCCACCUUUGACAACAGUACCAACCUAGCCAAUGUCAGUGCCUUCUACUGUAAACUUAAAGAAGAAUUUAAAUAUAUUCUCCUUCCUGUCAGCUAUGCCUUCGUCUUUGUAAUUGGCCUGGCGCUGAACGCCACAGCGCUGUAUGUGAUUGUGUUCCGCACUAAGCGCUGGAAGCCCUCCACUAUCUACAUGUUCAAUCUGACCAUGUGCGACACACUCUACAUCUUCACUCUGCCCUUCCUCAUCUAUUACUACGCAGACGAGAACGACUGGCCCUUCAGUGAACCGAUCUGCAAGCUCAUACGCUUCCUGUUUUAUGCCAACUUAUAUGGUUCCAUUCUGUUCCUGUGCUGUAUCAGUCUGCAUCGCUUCAUUGGCAUCUGCUAUCCAGUCCACUCCCUCUCCUGGGUCAGCGCUCGUCGGGCCAGGCUGGUAUCUGUGGCAGUGUGGGCCACCGUUUUAUUCUGCCAAGGACCUAUUCUCUACUUCUCAAGAACUAAGAAUCAGGGCACGCUGGUCUGCUACGACACCACCAGCCCAGAGCUUUUUGAUGACUUCUUGGUGUACAGUUCAAUAGUGUCAGUUCUCAUGUUUGUCCUGCCCUUCCUGGUGGUGAUGGUGUGCAAUGGCCUCAUAGUGAGGAAGCUUCUAGAGCCUGGCUGGGGGUCUGAAGGAGGAGCCCACCGUUCAAAGCAGAAAUCAGUGAAGAUGAUCAUCAUUGUGUUGGCAGCGUUCAUGCUCUGCUUCCUCCCUUUCCACCUCACCAGGAGUCUUUACUAUGUUUUUAGAUACCUAAGGCAGGCAAAUCCAGCCCAGAUCAGCUGUAAUUUGCUGGAGGCCUCCAGUGUAGCCUACAAGGUGACCCGACCUUUGGCCAGCGCUAACAGCUGUCUGGACCCCAUCCUUUACUUCCUGGCUGGGCGUGACGCCCGCAGUAACCUCACCAAGAAGAGCACAUUGCCUUCAUCGAAACCAACAAGUGUGAGCCAACGUUUGACAACUCAACUCUGAUCCAAUAAAAAAUGCUAAAGGUUUAGGGGACAAGAACUGUACUUUAUUCCUCCUCUGGUAGAUGUGAGACCCCAUACCUGUGCACUUUUCAAUCUUAAAUGUCAGCCAGUUCAGACUUCUCACGGUUGAAAUCUCCUAAUGAAGAAUCAAAUGUGAAAUUAAAACCAGAUCAACAUUUUGGCAAUCCUACUCGAUUGCCAAGUCUUUACAUAAUGUAUGUAUAAUGUAAGGACUUUGUUUUGCAAAGUUCAGUUGAUCACACUGCAUUCAGAUUUCUAUCAUUAACCAGUAGAAGUUAUGUGAUCAGAUUUGACCAGAUGUGAAAAAAAAUAAAUAAAUAAAAACAAACA